AUGAGUGACGAAAAGCAGUAUAUAUCGUAUAAUAACGUUCAUCAACUAUGCCAAAUAACAGCCAAAAAAAUCAAGAACUUUAAACCAGACUUAAUUAUUGCCAUCGGUGGUGGUGGUUUCAUUCCUGCUAGAAUCUUAAGAACUUUUUUGAAAGAGCCCGGUGUUUCAACUAUUAGAAUCUUCGCUAUCAUAUUAUCUCUAUAUGAAGAUAUACAUACAGCUGUUGGUGAUGAAGCUGAAAAAAUUGGUGUUAAAAUCAAUAGAAUCCAAUGGAUCGAUUAUGAACAAUGUAAAUUGGAUUUAAUAGGCAAAAACGUUCUUAUUGUAGAUGAAGUUGACGAUACAAGAACAACUUUACACUACGCUCUACAUGAAUUAGAAAAGGAUGUCGAAGAACAAGCUAAGGCAAAGGGAGUCGAUUUCGAAAAGAAUCCAGAAUUGAAAACAAAAUUUGGUAUCUUUGUGUUACACGAUAAAUUGAAACCAAAGAAGGCAGACUUGCCAGAUGAAAUCUUAUUAGACGAAAAUCGUUAUUUUGCUGGUAAACAAGUACCAGAUAAAUGGUUUGCCUACCCUUGGGAAUCUACCGAUAUUGUUUAUCAUACAAAGAUGGCUAUUAAACAAGGUAACGACAUUUUCUUCGAGGAUGAAAGUGAACUUCAAGCAGAACAAUAA